CUUAAAAAAAAAAGUACACGCACAACUUUAAAGUCAAAUUAAAAAAAAAAAAGAGCUGUUUUCCUGAUUGUUUCGUACUCCGAACCAACACUCACACAUGGUGUGGUUUCUCUUGGAUCCAUAUCCAUAGCAAGGAAGGAAAAUCAAAAGCCAAAUCCCAGUUUCCUUUUCUUUAGAUCAAACAAUCAAUUAAGCUUAAGCAACAUGGCAAAUGGAAGCAAUGACAAGGGUAGCAGCACAACCAACAACAACUCCUCUAUUAUACCCAACCCUUCUUCUGCUUCUGCUUCUUCUUCUUCUUUUGUCCCUAAUAAUCCCCGCCCCACUGCAAAUCACACUGUCCAAUUAUUCUCCGGAACUGUAGAGUCCUUUAACAACUACGAAAAUGGGUCACAAGAUUUCAGCCAUGCAACGAUCAAGAGCUCUAGAAUUGGGAAUUCCUUCAACAACCUCGGAUCGGGAUUGCAAACUUUCAGGGGCGCUGAGAUUCGCUGUGUUGACAAAUCUAGAAGCAAACGGGUUGCGUUUAGUUUACCACCUUGCUGGAAACCAGACCGUGUGGCCCACUCUGGAACCGUUAACUCCUUCAACAACAACGGAAGCGGAUCUCAGACUUUCGACGGUUUCAAGUUUAACUGAUGUACGAGGUACUCCUGUUGUGUGUGUGUUCAUAUGUGUCUCUGCUUUCAAUUUUACUUUUUUCCUCUUUUUUUGCUGGUGCCGGUAUUUACUAUUUAGACUUAUGGGUCUGUAUCUUCAUAUCCAUUUAUUUAGGCUGUAACUUGGAUCCAUCUUUUGAAGCUAUUCUCAGUAUUAUUAUCCAUUGAUGAUGCCCUUUUAGCUGUGAGAAUGUGCAAUAAUUAAUAAAGCAUAUGAGAUCCAGUAUUUCCAACCUGAAUCUCUCUUCUCCA